AUGACUAGUGGAAAAGGCAAAGUUGUUUUCCAAAGAUCCCCUAAAAGGAGUGCACAAAUGAAAAUCCCUGUCAAAGACUCUGUCAGGAAGAAGAGUACCUCUGUUAGUCCUAUCAAGAGUAGAGCUGUGGCUAAGAGUACAGGGGUUGGUCUAUCAAAAUCCAGGAGCAAGGUUGUUCCAAAGAAAAGAAAGGAGCGUGAAAUUGUUGAAUCUGAGUCUGAUGGUGAAGUGGAUGUUCCUGACAUUCCAUCAAGGAAGAAGCCUACAGCCAGCAAGCUUGCUGCUAGUAUCCCUGAAGUUCCUAUUGAUAAUGUGUCAUUCCACUAUGCCUCUAGUGCCAGCGGGGGGAAAUAUGUGCUCCAAAAGAGACUCGCUGUUGAAAGGGAAUUGGCUCCAAAUGCUCUUGAGAACAAGGAGGUCUUAGAUCUAAUUCAGGAAGCUGGAUUAUUGAAGACUGUUUGCAAUCUUCCCAAGUGUUAUAAGAAGCUGGUCAAAGAAUUUGUGGUGAACCUAUCUGAAUAUUGUGGAAAUAGCAGGAGUGUGGACUUCAAAAAGGUGUUUGUGAGAGAUAACAUGGUUUGUCAAGUGAUCACAGCCAAGCAGGUAAAUAGUUGGCGCCUAAAAGAGAAACUAACUGCAAGUAAGCUGAGCAUCAAGUAUGCAAUGCUUCACAAUAGAGGAGCAGCUAAUUGGGUACCAACGAAUCACAAGUCCAGUAUUUCAACUGUUCUCGGCAGAUUUCAGUAUGCUGUAGGAAUAAAGGCAAAGUUUGAUUAUGGAACAUAUAUUUUUUACCAAACUAUGAAGCAUGCUGGAAUUUUUAGUAUUAAGGGUCCAAUUGCUUUUCCCCUCCUGUGUGGUAUAAUUCUGAAUCAGUAUCCAAACAUUCUCAAUGAACAUGAUGUAGUAUGCAAAAGAGAAAGUCCCUUGGCCUUACAGUAUAAACUGUUUCAGGGUAAGCAUGUUCCAGACAUUUUCAUGACAUCGGCUGAAACUUCCAAAUCUGGAGCAUCAGCCAGCAAAGCAGAAGUCAUAGCGAUGUUAAAAGAGACUUGCAAAGAGCUGGAAUCUAAAAAGAUAUCUUUUGAAAAAAUGAUAAGUACUCUGGAAAUGGACGAGAAUGAGGAAUGUGCAGAUACUGAAGAGAUGGCAGAUAAAGAUGAACAAGGGAAGGAAGGAGAAUCAGAAAAAGAAUUGGAAAAAGAAAGUGCUGGUCCUGUUGAUGGCUCUGAGAAAAAAAGUUCUGCAAACACCUCAAGUGGGUCUGACUCUGGGCAGUAA